GUGUGUGUGUGUUUGUGUAUCUAUAGAUUGGCGGAAAUGGAGAGCCAGAAUUGUUCAUUCUUCACCGACAGCCUGUCUCCUGAUGAAAGUCUGGAUGAAGAUCAGUACCUCCUGCGUCACUCCAGCCCAGCCCUGGACCAUGACUCCCCCUGUGGACAACACAUGCUGCUGGCCCACCUGGAGCACCAGGACCAGGAGCAGCUCCAGUGCACCCUGGCCCGCCUGGAGAACGAGAACAGGGUGCUGCAGAGCGAGUACAGGAGGCUCAAGUGGAAGCACGAGGAGGCGGCGUCUGUUCCCAUGCUGACCGAGGCCGGAGAGGGCGGCCCAGGUUCACCCACCGAGGGGGGGCCGCAGGACGAGGAGCUGCUGGCCGAGGCACGGGUCCUCCGGCAGCACAAAACGCGCCUGGAGACCCGCAUGCAGAUCCUGGAGGACCACAACAAGCAGCUGGAGUCGCAGCUCCGCAGGCUGAGGGAGCUCCUGCUACAGAAAUACAAAAGAUACCCAAAGAUGACUCGGAGGCCAACGGAUCAGAGCCGUCGACCCUGUCUUCUCCCGUGUCUGGUGGGGGGGGUCACCACGGAGAGCAUGCGAGCAGAGAGACCACCGACACUGAAGCAGCAGGAGAUGAUAUGGCGCACGAACAGGAUACGGUGCUGCAGCUCCAGGAAGUCAUCGAGCAGCUUAGAAACGUCUUCCCUUCAGAACCGGGCUCCACCUCACACAUCUAACACCAAGUGGGCCUGGAGGAGCAGAAUGAAGACCUGUAAAGGACGCCUGAUGGCAGAGGGAGGAGCUCCGUACGGCUGAGGUCGGCCACAGUUCACCAGGCCCUGAGACCACUGCAGCAGCUAUGAUACCCAGAGCUAACCCUCUACUGGAAUCUGUGCACUAAAAGCCUUUUUCAUGCUAACUGCUAAAGGCUAACGCUGAUGUCCGUUUGGCCAGGCUGUGCUUCAUGACUUCAGGGGUGCAGCCUGACACCGUGUUAACCAGCCAAAGGAAACUAACGUUAGCAGCAGGUCAGGGAGACACUAAAGUAAAAGGACAUGCCCAGCCAAGACACUGUGCUAACCAGUAUCUGUGUAGUCGUUCAGAGGUGUGAAGCUUUAUAUGUCCACAGCACAAAUUGGACCUCCCAUGAGGAGAUCUUUAAAAAAAAAAUGCAAAAAGGAAUACGAAGUGUAUCCCCUUGUUUUGUCAAAAAUGUCUGUGUCUUCUGUUUUGUUGUUUUCUACUUGAAUGUGAUAUCACGGUUGUUGUUCUUUGUUUUUGAACUGAGGCUGUUAGAGAUUGCUAGAGUAAGCAGGAUCAGGGCUGGGCUGACUGUAUCUCAUGUGGCUGCGUGGUGCAGAUUGUCAGGGAGUUGACAGCACCCACAACAAGCUUAUUUACUUUGUGAGAAAGACACAUCAUCAGUUGAAUCCAUGAUUUAUUUAAGACAGCCAAAGUGCCCGCUAGCACAGCGCCUCUGUAUGCACACACUGUGCUCCUCUAAUCCUCUCCAACUGCUUCUCACUCUCAUUGCUCGCCUCUCCUAAGUGAGCCCUUUACGCCGAUACAGAACCACUUGCACUCACCAUAGAUGCAUAAACACACACACAUGUGCUGCUACAUAAACAUUCACCCUUCCCUCAUUGUGCACAAACGGUUCCCUGUUUGAUCAAUAAUAUGUGCCAUGCAUCCUCUCUAAAAGAUACAGACACCUCCGUUUGAAAUGGAGAUCCAUUUCAUCUCUCUGGCCCGCAGGAUUUAGACCAGCCUUCAGUUUUGAGACAAUUUGAAUUGUGGCAGAAACUGGAUUUUGUGCAGGAAAUGUCUGCUGACUAAUAUCAGCACGCAGGCGUCCACUCUGGGAACUUAGCGUCCUCCUGCAGUGUGCAGAGAAAGAGAAGGAGGUAGAUCCAGGCAGCAAGCCUCUCUUUCUCUCUCUGUCUACCUGGCCAAUUCCAGACACUACAGGGGGGAGCAGGGCACACCACCAUAACGCGGCUCUACACUGACAUCAUCCUGGAUAAUCCCUACUCUCAGUCUAUAUCUUUAUAGAACACUAGCUAUUGAUUCUACAUGCCUCAUUUUCCCUCGCUAAUGCGUACCUAAUUACUUUUUAGAUCCACAAAGAGACGCCAGGUUGAAAUGGAGUUGUCCUCAUUGUAUGAGGGUCAUAGGGUGGGUUCUGUUCUAAACACAGCACAGUCAUUGAAUGCCUUAAAACCAAACUGGAUCCAUCGUAAAUAUGGACUUUUUCAUUUAGUUUUUACAUUCAGGGACAGCAGGUGGUUGAAUUGGGCUCACAGGACAUGGAAAAGGAAGGAUCACAGCGCAUGAGCGUCCAUACAUUGAAACCAGUUAUAAUAGGACUUUUAUGGGUGAACAUCAACAUGCUGGGGGUGCCUGGAGGGAAUAAAGAUCUGAGAAACAAGAAAGGAAAGGUGGAAAAAAAAGCCCAAUCCAUUUAUUGCUCGAGGGCUGGUGUGAGAGAUCCAUUUUGAUGUGCCUGCUACAGUGGAAAUCUCCAGGAGCAGGAUAAGAGAACGCCUGAAACAACUAAACUGUGGCUCUGUGUUUCACAGUAAAUCAUACUGGCUGGAGAUACACAUACACCCAGUUAGGAAUUCAUCUUAGACCUUAAAGCGACUUUCUGACCUCACACAUGAGUUUGAAACCCAUGUGCUGCAUUCAUUACGGCUCCCCCUCCAGGCACACAGCACUCACACUUUGACACCACCAUCCUCAGCACUCGCUGCCUGUUAGUUUUGAUACUGUUGCUAGGGAACUGUCCCCAAGGAUGCAGUUCCACAGGUUUGUGAAUUUGAAAGGUGAUGUUUUCCCGUUCAUAAUACAAAUGCUAAUAGCCUUAAGAGAAGCUAGAGAGAUCGCCCUUCUCCUCUUCUUCACUCCCACCUCCAAUAAAGCAUGUUGCUGUUCAGCUGCUGAAGAGCCAUUAUCAUCUGUUGAAUCCAUCCCAGGCAACACUUAAGAUUUGUUUUCAGUUAAGGUCUCACAGGUCGAAACAAAGGGCAGCUUGGGUCAUGGAUAAAAGAAAAAAAAGCAAUGUUUAUUCACAGACAUGCAUUUAUUGGUAUUCACACAUCUCAUUACACAUUGAUGAAACCCCAUACAUCUGUUUGUGGGCACACAAGCUGAUGUCACAGUGACAUUGUGGGAGAAAAAAGAAGAGGAGGAACUCCCAAUAGGGCUGCCAGUCAGCAUUGUGUUUAUUUUAAGACAGUAUAAAGGAGUAGGAUAGAAAUAAAUACAGAAGGUGGUUACAUGACCGUUUGUCCCCAUGUGUCACCCAGCUGCUGUGUGACACCAGCGUCUAUUAUUAUUAAACCUUUAUUCAACAAGGUGGUCCCAUUGAGAUCGUCAAUCUCUUUUUCAAGGGAGACCUGUCAUAAAUUAACUUCCACUGUCAUCCAGCUGCAGGAGAGUCGUUUCUCUUUGACCGUGUGAUCCUCUGGGGUCUGGUCCAUGUACAUCUUUCUAUGCUGGUCAUGGUUCCCUAUAUUCCCCAAACACACAGAACGUACCCUGCUCCCUGUGGCGUGACUGAAGCAGUGUGAUUGAAGAAAAAGGCUCUCCAUAUCACCCCAGAGGACACUGCUUUCUCUGUCAAGACUGCAUGUAGCCGGCCAACAUGCGAAUGGUCAUAACUCCCCUGCCUUUGCUUAACAACCUCCAUUUUUGCUAUUAUGAUGCAUCUAAGCUAGUGUGUCACCUCUCACAUCACAGGGCAAUGAAUCAACUAAUCUGUUGACAACACUAACAUCAUUUCACACACACUCAUAUCAUACUGAUGAUCUGAGUUUUUUUAAUUUUUUUAAUCACCGUUAAUAUACCUCAUUAAUUAUUCAAAUGUUAAUUGUUUAAUGGUUUUUAUUUUAUGUUGUUGUCCAGCACUCAAACACUUCUUGCUGUCCUUUCUCUGGAGUUUUUAAUCUGUAUAAAAACGUUUUCUGAAGAAAGGCUUUUUACUGUAAUAACGAUUGGGUUACUGGCUGCUUUCUACUCUUUGUGUACAGAAAUAAAAAUAUUUGUAUUUGGCAAACUCCUCAUCUUCCUGUGCUUUUUUUAUGCGGGUGCAGUUAUCCCUUUGAGAACUGAAUAAUGAAACUUAACUCAGAAUGGGGCCAAAUGCAGGUUGUUGAUAUUAAUUUUUCUCAUUCUGUUUAUAUUUGGUUUCAAUGUGGCAGAAUCAAUAUUUCCUGUUGAGACUUGAGGCUUGACUGUUCAUCACGUAACUUCCCUGCUGUUUCACUUUCUACAUCCAUAUUGCUGUUAGUCUAGAUAUAUUCUUCUCUCCCUCAGCUUCCCCUUUGAUCUAUUCUGAUUGAGUGACAUCAUUUCCUGUCU